AUGGGACGUCGUGCAAAGAACAAACAACCCGCACCAGCACCACUUCCAGAUCCACAGCAGCCACAGAAAAAGCAGCUGGGUAAGAGGAAGCAUGGGAAAGAUGUAAAGAACGGUAAAGAAGCCGCGUCAAUAGUUGAGUCAAAGGCGACCCGCGAGACAAGUGCGCCCAUGACAUCAACUAAGCGGAUGGAGAGUCAAUCAAACCUUCUAGCCAAAAAGCAAAGAAUCCAAGAAGUCAAAAAACAACAGAGAAACCGUACAAGUGAGCCUGCUUAUGAGGACAAAGAUAAAAAUAAGCUAGCAACCCAUGAUGAGUCAGAUAAAGACGAUGUCGACUAUGAGGAAGGGAUGUUGGAAGACAAAGAAAAAGAGAAAGGUUCUGUGGAAGGCGAGAGGGAGCUUCGUCGCGGAGUCCAAUAUAAGUCAGGAAAAAGCCGUGGUGGUGAAAUCAGUGCGGACCAAGUGCUGGAAUCACUGGGCUUGCCCAAGAACAAGAAACUCACUGAGCGGCAAAAGAAAAAGGUACUAGCCGAAGUUGAGCGUCUCGAACUUCUUUUAAAGAGCUCAGGGUAUUCGGUUGAUGAAUCUGAAGAUGACGGCGGUGAAGCACAUGAUCGUGAACUCGGAGUUGGAAAUGUCGAGCACGAAAUUGACGAGGACUCUGGUACCGAAGACGACGACGACGUCGAGGGGUUGGAUGGUGGAAAAGAUGUAGGUGAUGAAGUCGAUGCAGACGAAGGUGGUGACGAUGACGAUUCUGGUGAAGCUAUUGAAGACGACUUCUCCGGCAUCGAGGAUAUGGAUGAUGAUGACGAGGUCGAGGAUGAAGUUGAUGUGGGGGAUGAUCAUGUGGAUCUAGAAAGCAUUGACGAAGACGACGCUGAUGACAUCGAGGGGCAUGCAGCCGAAGAAGAGGACAAAUUCGACGAGGAAGAAGAUGCUGGUGAUGAUGGGGAACAGGUGGCAUCGAAUUUCCUUCUUCCUACCGUUGAGGAUGAAGAGGAAGAAAAGCGUGCACCUCUCGACUUGCAGCUUGUUCACAUGCGCAUUCAAGAAGUCGUUAAUAUUCUCUCGAAUCUGCAAACCUUGAGCGAGCCGGGCAAGUCGCGUGCGGAUUAUAUGGAUCGACUUUCCAAAGACGUGCAAACAUAUUACGGAUACAAUGAGUUUUUGACGAACAUGUUCCUCGAGCUAUUUUCUCCCGAUGAGGCCAUUGCAUUCUUCGAGGCUAAUGAAGUCCCUCGGCCUGUCACAAUUCGUACCAAUACACUGCGGACACGCCGUCGUGAUCUGGCGCAGAAACUCAUCAAUCGCGGCGUUAGCCUCGAGCCCGUGGGACCAUGGAGCAAAGUUGGGUUGCAGGUGUUUGAAAGUUCCGUUCCUAUCGGUGCGACGCCCGAAUACCUUGUUGGUGAGUAUAUGCUCCAGGCUGUGUCUUCCUUCUUGCCAUGCAUGGCGCUCGCACCGCAGCCGCACGAGCGUAUUCUUGAUAUGGCAAGUGCGCCUGGAGGUAAAGUGACGUAUUUGUCAGCGCUCAUGCAGAAUACGGGCUGCGUAUUUGCAAAUGAUAGCAACAAAGCACGUAUCAAGAGCUUGACGGCCAAUAUUCAUCGCAUGGGUUGCCGAAACGUCGUCGUGUGCAAUUACGAUGGCCGUCAGUUCCCGAAAGUCAUUGGCGGUUUCGACCGAGUCAUGCUUGACUCACCAUGCUCUGGCACGGGCGUCAUUAGCAAGGAUGCCAGUGUCAAGACAAACAAGACGAAACGCGACUUUAUCCUGCUGUCACAGCUGCAAAAACAGCUCAUCCUUUGCGCGAUUGACAGUGUGAACCCGAGAUCUGAGUCAGGUGGCUAUGUCGUGUACAGUACUUGCUCUGUGAUGGUGGAAGAGAAUGAGGAAGUGGUCGAGUAUGCAUUGCGUAAGCGUCCAAACGUGCGCAUUGUACCUACGGGCAUCGAUUUUGGUCGCGACGGUCUCAAGUGUUUCCGCGGAAAGAAGUUCGAUGAGCGUAUGCCGUUUUGCCGACGCAUCUUUCCGCAUGUGCACAAUAUGGAUGGUUUCUUCGUUUGCAAGCUUAAAAUUGACCCUGUGAAUAAGGGCGAGAAACGACGACUUGAGGCGGAAGCUGUGGCCGUGGAUCAAGCGGCUGAGUCGAAAGAACCACCUUUGCGUAUGCCUGCAUCAUCUGCAAAGUCAAGCAUAGAGCCUGAGACGUCGGUCUUUGAUGCAGAAGAAGACGAUGCCAUUAUGCAACGAUCGCGUGAGCGAAUGGCGAAGAAGCGUCGUGCGUGA